CUUUAUUCCUUCCCUGUAAAACCCUCCCUCCUCACUGACUCGAUAUAUUCAGAAACCCUAAUCCUCUCCCUUUGGUUUCACGACGACCGCCAUGGAAGAGGUGUGCGAGGGCAAGGACUUCUCCUUCCCAAAGCAAGAGGAGAAGAUUCUCCACUACUGGUCCGAAAUCAAAGCCUUCGAGACUCAACUGGCUCUCACCAAGGACCUCCCCGAGUACGUCUUCUACGGGCCCCCCUUCGCCACCGGCCUCCCUCACUACGGCCACAUACUCGCCGGCACCAUCAAGGACAUCAUCACGCGCUACCAGUCCAUGACCGGCCACCACGUCACGCGCCGCUUCGGCUGGGACUGCCACGGCCUCCCCGUCGAGAACGAGAUUGAUAAGAAGCUCGACAUCACGCGCCGCGAACAGAUUAUGGAAAUGGGGAUCGGUAAGUACAACGAUGCCUGCCGGAGCAUUGUUACUCGCUAUGUGGAGGAAUGGGAGAAGGUUAUUACUCGCACUGGGAGAUGGAUCGAUUUUCGGAACGAUUAUAAGACUAUGGACUUGAAUUUUAUGGAGAGUGUGUGGUGGGUUUUCGCUCAGAUUUAUGAAAAAGGCCUUGUCUAUAAGGGCUUCAAGGUCAUGCCUUACAGCACAGGUUGCAAGACGCCGCUCUCCAAUUUUGAGGCUAAUCAAGAUUACAAGGAUGUUCCUGAUCCUGAAGUUAUGGUGGCUUUUCCAAUUCUUGGUGAUUCAGACGAGGCAAGCUUUGUGGCCUGGACAACUACUCCGUGGACUCUUCCUAGCCAUUUAGCACUUUGUGUCAAUGCAAAUUUUACCUAUUUGAAGGUUCGCAACAAGUACUCAAAAAAAGUUUAUGUUGUUGCUGAAUCUCGGUUGUCAGCUCUUCCUAAUGACAAACCAAAAGAAAAUGUACCAAAUGGAUCUGUUGAUUCAAAAAAAUCAAAUUCAAAGAGCAAGGGAUCCUCAGGCGGAAAAAAGGAAGCAGUUGACUCGUCAUACGAAGUGUUGCAGAAAAUGUCAGGGGCUUCAUUAGUGGGCACAAAGUAUGAACCACCAUUUGAUUACUUUAAAGAGUUCUCUGAUGUUGCAUUUAGAGUAGUUGCAGACAACUAUGUUACUGAUGACAGUGGUACUGGAAUUGUCCACUGUGCUCCUGCAUUUGGUGAAGACGAUUAUCGUGUUUGCCUUGAAAAUAAAGUUAUCAAUAAGGGAGAGACCUUGAUUGUAGCAGUUGAUGAGGAUGGAUGCUUUACUGAAAAAAUUACGGACUUCAGCAAGUGUUAUGUUAAAAAUGCAGAUAAAGAUAUUAUUGAAGCAGUGAAGCGGAAAGGAAGGCUUGUAAAGUCUGGAACCAUUAUGCAUUCUUAUCCUCAUUGCCCAAGAUCUAAAACUCCGCUUAUCCAAAGAGCCGUUCCAAGUUGGUUUAUCCGGGUGGAGCAGUUGAAAGAAAAAUUGUUAGAAAACAACAAGCAGACAUACUGGGUUCCUGAUUUUGUGAAGGAAAAACGAUUCCACAAUUGGCUGGAAAAUGCAAGAGAUUGGGCAGUUAGUCGAAGUAGAUUUUGGGGCACUCCUCUCCCUGUGUGGAUUAGUGAGGAUGGCGAGGAAAUAGAAGUUAUGGAUUCCAUUAAGAAGCUCGAAGAGCGUUCUGGUGUUAAGGUUUUUGAUCUUCACCGGCACAAUAUAGAUCACAUCACUAUUCCAUCUAGGCGUGGUGCUCAAUUUGGUGUUCUUCGACGUAUUGAUGAUGUGUUUGAUUGUUGGUUCGAGAGUGGUUCCAUGCCUUAUGCUUAUAUCCAUUAUCCUUUUGAGAAUGUUGAACUUUUUGAGAAAAACUUUCCUGGAAAUUUUGUGGCUGAAGGGCUGGAUCAGACUCGUGGAUGGUUCUACACUCUUAUGGUGUUAUCUACUGCAUUAUUUGGGAAACCUGCCUUUCAGAAUCUCAUUUGCAAUGGACUUGUACUUGCUGAGGAUGGAAAAAAAAUGAGUAAAAGUCUGAAAAAUUAUCCUCCACCAAUUGAUGUUAUCGAUCAGUAUGGAGCUGAUGCAGUACGAUUAUACCUAAUCAACUCUCCUGUUGUGCGCGCGGAACCGUUACGUUUCAAGAAGGAAGGAGUUUAUGGUGUUGUCAAGGACGUAUUUUUGCCAUGGUACAAUGCAUAUAGGUUCCUUGUCCAGAAUGCAAAGAGACUUGAGAUUGAAGGGUUUGCCCCUUUUGUCCCUAUUGAUCAAGCCACUCUACAAAAGUCAUCUAAUGUGCUUGACCAGUGGAUCAACUCAGCCACUCAGAGUCUUGUGUAUUUUGUCCGUCAGGAGAUGAAUGGUUACCGACUUUAUACGGUGGUUCCAUAUCUUUUGAAGUUUCUCGACAACUUGACAAAUAUCUAUGUGAGGUGCAAUCGCAAGAGGUUGAAGGGCCGUACAGGUGAAGAAGAUUGUAGGGUGGCGCUCUCAACACUUUACAAUGUCCUUUUGGUAUCAUGCAAAGCAAUGGCCCCAUUAACACCAUUUUUCACUGAGGUCCUUUUUCAAAAUAUGAGGAAAGUUUCCAACACAGCAGAGGAAAGCAUUCAUCAUUGCAGCUUUCCUGAAGCAGAAGGCAAGAGGGAUGAACGUAUAGAGAAAAGUGUUGCUAGGAUGAUGACGAUAAUUGAUCUUGCCCGUAAUAUUCGUGAGAGACAUAACAAACCUCUGAAAACACCCCUCAGGGAGAUGGUUAUUGUUCAUCCUGAUAUGGACUUUCUUGAUGAUAUCGCUGGAAAGCUAAAAGAGUAUGUGCUGGAGGAACUGAACGUGCGAUCUCUUGUUCCAUGUAAUGAUACAUUGAAGUAUGCCUCAUUACGUGCAGAGCCCGAUUUCAGCGUUCUGGGCAAGCGGCUAGGAAAACAUAUGGGAAUUGUUGCCAAAGAAGUCAAGGCAAUGUCGCAGGAAAGCAUUUUAGCAUUCGAGAAAUCUGGAGAAGUUACUUUUUCUGGUCAUUGCUUAAAGCUGACUGAUAUUAAGGUUGUUAGGGAUUUCAAGCGUCCUGAUGGCACUGCGGAAACCGAAGUUGAUGCAACAGGAGAUGGUGAUGUUUUGGUGAUUUUGGAUUUACGUCCGGAUGAGUCGUUGUUUGAUGCAGGUGUUGCUCGAGAGAUUAUCAACAGAAUACAGAAGUUAAGAAAGAAAUCUGCUCUAGAACCUACUGACUUGGUGGAGGUCUACUUUGACUCUUUGGAUAAAGAGGAUAAAGAUAAAGCAGUUUCCGAACGGGUUUUGCAAUCACAGGAACAAUACAUUAGGGAUGCCAUUGGUUCGCCAUUGCUUCCUUCAAGUGUGAUGCCAUCACAUGCUGUCCUUGUUGGGGAAGAGAGUUUCCAUGGGAUUUCUGGCAUUUCAUUUAAUAUCAAACUAGCCAGGCCUGCCUUAGUUUUUAACGCGGACGCAAUUGUUGCUUUAUAUUCAGGAAACUCAGAAUUCGCAAGGUGUCUGCAAACUUACUUGUUGUCAAGGGAUCAUGCAAAUCUGAAGUAUGAGUUUCAACAUGGAAACGGAAAGAUAACUGUUGAUUGCAUUGAAAAUUUGCCCGCCGUGAGUUUGGUGUCGAGGGAACAUGUGUAUUUGACUGUUGGGGAGUUCUUAUGUAGAACAAACUCUGUUUAGGCAGUUCUCUAGGUAUUUUGUUCAAUUAUGUUGCCACUGAUUUUUGAUGGAAGAAGGAGAUUACAGAAGGCUGGCUAUUGCCAUUCUUUGCUGUGUAUAGAUAGAUAUAAUCUUAACAUCACAAACCAACUUUCCGGAAAAAUUUAUUUUCCCUGAAAUUUUAUAUGC